GGGUGAACAUAACCCUCUCAAACGAAAUUGUUCGUUUAACUGGGGUAUCUGGUCAUGUCAGUCGUUUCAUCGCCCUUCGACCUCGAACUAACUACCAUGGCGAUGCCAUACGCGAUGCACAUUCUACUGCUCGUAUCAACUCUCUUUCUCUCAUCCCAGUCGAUCAGCGACACUAAUCACGUAUACUCGCCUUGUUCUGAUGCAAAGGUACAGAGGUCCGACGGGUUCACCUUCGGAGUUGCAUUUGCCCCCAGAAACGCCACCUUCGCCAUCAACAACAGAAACGCCGUUCAGCUCUCCCCCUGCGAUACUCGCCUUUCUCUCGCCGGAAACGCCCAGUUCGCUGUUUUCCGACCCAAAGUUGACGAGAUCUCGCUCCUCACAAUCAACACCUCGAACUUCUUUCCGGAUACCUAUGGUGGGUAUAUGGUGGCAUUUGCUGGUCGGAAAUACGCUGCUAGGUCUAUCCCUGCUUUUGUUGCAAAUGGUACCUACAUUGUGACAAGCUUUACAUUGGUUCUUGAAUUCAAAAAGGGCAGGCUGCAAAACCUUUACUGGAAAAGGGACGGUUGUGCAUCAUGCAAACAUGCCUCAUCAAACUUUGCAUGCCUCAAUGGUCAAGAUUGUGCUAUGAAGGUCAAUGCAUGCAAAAACAGAGGUGGCAAUGUGGACUGUAGCCUUGGGAUACAAGUUGCAUUUUCUGGGACUGAUGAGCACAAUUCAGUUUUCAACUCAUGGUACGAAGUGAAGAACCUUCGCCAGUACUCACUCUAUAGCGUGUAUUCCAAUCUGAGAGAUUCUCUCACCAGUCAAUACAACAAAUUAUUUUGAUUUGGUGCCUUGUAUAUUUAUGCUUUUCUUUGCCUUGUUUCUUUGUUCUGUUCAAAUUUGAAUACAUCAUCCUUGUGUGUGCUGAACUGCUGAUGAUGAUGGACGUUUGGAUGGCCUUUCGAAGUGUACUACUACGGACCACUGUAAAUGCCUUUGAUGCGUCCUAUAGGAGGGUCUAAGAUACACUCCACCCAUUUGCGAAAAUUUAUUUCCUUUUAAUUUUACCCUUUGGCUUUCAUCAUUCCUUUUAAUCCCUUGUGUUCCAACUCGGGUCUUUCAUACCUGUACCACUACUAUAUAUUGCUAAAUGUUAGUAUUGCCGAUAAAUACUCACUGAUCAGAGGUGGAAAUAUGCCAAACGGCUUGUCAGGGACUAGAGACCACGUCUAGCACUCUAGCCUAACAAGCUGACAUGUGUAUAUGAUGCCUAUAAGACUGAAGUACUAGUAGCAUAUAUGUAAUUUGUAAACAUGAAUGACAUGAUGUGUCAAUAACUUAUGAGCCUGUUAGGAAUUAUUAAAGCAAAUUAUGAUUUAAUGUGUCCUAACUCCUAAACACCAUACAGUCAAAAAUGUAUAUUAC